UUUGUCUCUCUUCAUCAAUGUCGACGGCGGACGGCUUCUGCCAUACGCUCAUCACUUGGGCGCCGAUUGGCAAGAUUGGCCUGCUGUCGUUUGUCUUUGCCAUCAUCCAGUUUGUCACGAUCUUGGUAAUAGUAUUCUGGCUGCACCAGCAGUCCCGACUAGCACUCAAGGGAGACAGCGUGGCGGCUGCACGCCUCAUUCUCCCGUUUUACAUGGCGACCUUGUACGCAUUCGCAUUCGCAGACCUCUUCCAGGGCUCCAUCAGCAUAGGGCUGUCCAUCGAAAUCGACGGACCGAACGCCGUCCCAGCCAGCAUCCUGUAUGGCGCCGGAUGGGGCUUUUACCACAUUGUGCUCGACGGCAUUGCCUUCUUUCUCAUGCAGCAGGGUGGCGGCACACGCGCCGUCAUCCGCGCAUGCAUUGCCGCGGUCAUUUGGGGCGGUGUCAUCACCACAACGGUUCACACCUUUGCGUACUAUCUCGGAGAGACCCCGCUGUCGCUCGGCUUGCAGCUCGGCUGGGAGUUUGUCACGAUCGUCUUUUACCUCGUGAUGGCGCUGGCUCCGCUCUCGCACGUCUUCCGGCGCCCGGCGCUCUUUGUUUACUCUGUGUUUUGGAUUUGCGAGCGCUCCAUGUACGUCAUUGCCAUCCUGCUCGAGUACUUUGAGAUUGACGCAGGCGACUGUCUGUCCAUGUUUGUGCUGUGGGUCCUCUUUGGCUGCGUCAAGCCCUUGGUUGUGUAUCGCACCCUUCUGCACGACUCCGAGUACUGGCAGGGUCUGUACCAGCCUGCCCCUGUCGAAGAUGCAGACAUCCGGCGCGCAUCCGCUGCUCCUUCCAACGGACCCUCCAUGACCCAGUUCCCGCGCGACUCGAUCACGUCGUACGACCCAGACGCUGCCUCCGUCUCGAUCGACGAGGACCGCGUCUCGCACUACUCUGGCUACCAGCCAUACUCGUCGACGUGGCACGACGACACGCAGUCAUUGGGCGGCGGUGGUGAACACAACAACAAACGCGCCAGCGGCACCCACAACAAUAGCAGCGUGACUGGCUCGCAGCCCGAUCGGAAUCGCGCCAGUAUUACACAGCCACUGCUGGGCACCUCGCUAAGCUCCCACUCUGCGCGCGAGCUUGCGGCGCGCGUGGACGAGCUCCACAAGGGCGUCAACAUUAUCAACUAUGCCUUCUUGUCGAUGGACGCCAACCACUUUAUCGGCAUGGGAGGCUUGUCCAAGGUCUUCCGGGGCGAGCUGCACGGCAGGCCGGUUGCCAUCAAGAUUGUGUUUUGCGUCGACCUGACGCCAGCCAUCAUUAGCAACUUUUGUCGCGAGAGCGCCCUGCUGAGCGCGCUCAACCACCCGAAUAUCGUCAAGGUUGAAGGCGUGUGCAUUGUGCCGCCGUCCCUCUGUCUCGUCAUGGAGCUCUGCGACUGCUCCUUGUUUGAUCGUCUGCGCGAUUCCGCCCGGCCUCUGGACUGGUUUACCCGGCUAAGAAUCGCCACCGACUGCGCCAAAGGCAUUGCGUUUUUGCACGAGCAGCGCAUUUUGCACAUGGACCUCAAGUCGAGCAACUUUUUGAUUGGCGUGGACGGCCUUGCCAAAGUGUCUGAUUUCGAGCUUUCACAGCGCGUUCCAGAUCGGUCUCAUUCCGGCAAAUCCGGUCGCCGAGCAACAUUCAAGUCAAAUAGUCCAUCACUACUGCAGCAGCAGCAACAGCAGCAGCAGCAGGAAACACACACCGACCCUGCGUCCGAUGCUGCUGCCGCCGCCUCAAGCUCUGCAUCUGCAUCUGCUUCUUCUUCUUCUUCUUCGAACGCAUUCUCUUUGUAUGUGGACAAUGUUCAAGUCCCGGAAACGGUCAAUUGGUCUGCUCCAGAAGUGAUAUCAAGCGGCAUGUUCACAGACAGGUCGGACGUGUACUCGCUGGGCAUGGUCUUGUUUGAGAUUGUCACUGGCCAAGUGCCCUAUGACGACCCACUGUACCGACGCCCGACCGCAAACUCUGGGCCUUCAUCGCUCACAAACUCUGGCAUCUUUGGAAGCUUGCCCGGGUCGCGCGUGGAAUCGCUGAACGAUCGCACUCCGUUGCUCCAGGAUGUUACAACGCACGCGUCAGCGUCGUCACAGCCAAAGUGGUUUGAUCGGUUGCCACGGAACAACCAGUACCUCGCCUUGCUCAUCUGCGAACAAAAGUUGCGGCCGUCCAUUCCCAGCGACUGCCCGCCUCGAUUCACCGCCCUGAUGCAAGCGUGUUGGCAGCACGACGCCGAACGUCGGCCAACAGCGUUCGAAGUUGCCGCAGAGCUCCAAGCAAUGCUUGAGGAAUCAGCUGCGCAAGAACCCAAUCUUGUUCCCGUCUAAAAACACGUUUGUUUUGCGAUUGUUUAUUUUGCUUGUUAUUUUUCGGAAAAGUUUAUUGAUUAACAGAUUAGAAAUGAUUACAUCCCCAAAGCGGAAACCUGUAUUAAUUCAUAACAAGCAUGAAGAAGAAAGA